CGGGUCCAUCGCGUAUCACGAGCGGUGAUUGGGCAGCGGGCGGGGCGUGGCCGGCGGCGGAAAGGGGCGGGGCCUGCGUGGCGCGCUCGGGGCCGCGAUGCUGUUCUACUCCUUCUUCAAGUCCCUGGUGGGCAAGGACGUGGUGGUGGAGCUCAAGAACGACCUCAGCAUCUGCGGCACGCUGCACUCGGUGGAUCAGUACCUGAACAUCAAACUGACCGACAUCAGCGUGACGGACCCCGAGAAGUACCCGCACAUGCUCUCGGUCAAGAACUGCUUCAUCCGCGGCUCGGUGGUUCGCUACGUGCAGCUGCCCGCGGACGAGGUGGACACGCAGCUGCUGCAGGACGCGGCGCGCAAGGAGGCGCUGCAGCAGAAGCAGUGACCCGAAAUCGCGGGGAUUCGCCCCAAAAGAUCUGCAGAGACCCCCGCCCCAAAAUCUGGGGUGAUUUCCCCCAAAAUCUGGGGGGAUUCACCCCAAAAUAACGGGGGAAUUCUCUCUAAAAUCUGCAGAGAUUCCUUCCCAAAAUCUGGGGGGAUUCGCCCCAAAAUCUGGGGUGAUUUCCCCCAAAAUCUGGGGGGAUUCACCCCAAUAUCUGGGGGGAUUCACCCCAAAAUCUGGGGGGAUUCACCCCAAAAUCUGCAGAGAUCCCUGCCCAAAAUAACGGGGAAAUUCACCCCAAAAUCUGGGGGGGAUUUACCCCAAAAUCUGGGUGGAUUCACCCCAAAAUCUGGGGGAAUCCCCUCCCCAAAAUCUGCAGGGAUUCCUGCCUAAAAUCCGGGGUGAUUUCCCCCAAAAACGGGGGGAUUCACCCCAAAAUAAUGGGGGAGAUUCACUCCAAAAAUGGAAGGGAACCACCCCAAAAAUGGGGGGAUUGACCCCAAAAUAUCUGGGGGGGAUUCACUCCUAAAACAGGGAGGAUUUACCCCAAAAUUGGGGGAGAUUCACCCGAAAAUGUGCAGGGACCCCUCCCCAACCCCGGGGGUCUCCCCGGCCCCUUUCGCGACCCCCAAUAAACGCCGGGCCCCGCC